GUCAGAUGUCUUCCCGAGGGGGUUUCUCUUAACCUCCCUCUUAGGAUCUUGAUUACACACUCAACACAGAUUAACAGCAACAACAGGUGUCUGCAAAGACGCACAGAAUGUGUUCUCCCUGCUUGAUCCUUCCUGUUACGUGAUGGACUCUGCUCAGACGUGGUGGAGAUUGGUAGCACUGAGAUUGCACUCCAGUCAAGGAAUUUGAAAUCUGAUUUGAGUCUCACCUUCUAUCUUCAUGUCCAGACUCCCUUCUGAACAUCUCUCCGAGCACUUGGUACUGAGUGAUCCAGGCCUUCCUCCGGUGUACCACACUGCAGCAAUAUGGAAGGAUGCCCCACGAUCUAUGCCUAAUUGAUGGGCUGGUCGUAUCCUGCUCUAACACGUGAGCGGACACAGCAUCAUGGGACUGCAGGCGCACCACGCAAACAGACAACAACAGAGGCCUCAGAAUACCACGGGGAACAAGCGAUACUUCAGUAAAUAUGAUGACACCUCCGAAAGGAAGGAAGCAAUGCCAGCCAUGGGAGCCAGCUGUAAUUGAAUGAUCCUGCAGGGCAGACUCUGGCAGUCACAGAAGAUGAUACUUCAGAGCAAACAUCAUCAAGAUAAGGAAGUCAUUUUUUUCUUUUUCUCAAAAAGAUCAAGCCACCCUCUUAUCUUGUAGGUAAUUUCCUGCGGCCCGUAUUACAGGAAUUAAUUCCCUUGUCCAUUCUUCUCAAUACAGACCUGUAUUUUCAGACCAAAGUAGUGCAAGAUAGUUGCCUUCAGAGUCUGCUCUCCACUAAACAGGGGCUGCUCCUGCCUAUUAGAUAAGAAAACAAAUUGCCAGAUUUUCAGAUAUGGCGGCAUUCAGCUCCUAUUGAGAACAAGAGAUGUGUCUGCUCUCCCAUUGAGAAAUAGGGAGGUUUCCACCCUCUCUUCACGCCUCCCUUCUUUUUUCCCUCCCCAACACAUUACGUCUCUGCCAAGAACAGCAGCAAAUAUCUUCAUCUUCAACUACGCUGCAGGCAAUGGAGAUUUCCUCGUGCACUUGAGAAGAACCAAGGCUUCUGGAAAGUUUUUCUUUCCAGAUUUGGCCACUGUAAAGAAUUCUUCUAGUUGUGUGACAGACACAACCUAUCCUUUAGCAAAAAUGGAAGCGAUCAAGAAAAAGAUGCAGAUGUUGAAGUUAGACAAGGAGAAUGCAAUUGAUAGAGCAGAGCAAGCUGAAGCAGAUAAGAAGGCAGCUGAGGACAAAUGCAAACAGGUAGAGGAUGAGCUGGUAGCCCUGCAGAAGAAGUUGAAAGGAACUGAAGAUGAACUAGAUAAGUACUCGGAGGCUCUCAAAGAUGCCCAGGAAAAACUAGAGCAGGCUGAAAAGAAGGCAACGGAUGCUGAAGGUGAGGUGGCAGCUCUGAACAGACGUAUCCAACUCGUGGAAGAGGAGUUGGAUCGUGCCCAGGAACGGCUGGCUACAGCCUUACAGAAACUGGAGGAGGCUGAGAAAGCGGCCGAUGAGAGUGAGAGAGGAAUGAAGGUUAUUGAGAACAGAGCAAUGAAAGACGAAGAAAAAAUGGAGAUUCAGGAGAUGCAACUGAAGGAGGCUAAGCAUAUUGCUGAAGAAGCUGACCGCAAAUAUGAAGAGGUUGCUCGUAAACUGGUUAUUUUGGAAGGUGAACUGGAAAGAGCUGAAGAGCGUGCAGAAGUGUCAGAAGUUAAAUGUAGUGACCUUGAAGAGGAAUUAAAGAAUGUCACUAACAACCUGAAGUCCCUGGAAGCCCAAUCUGAAAAGUACUCGGAAAAAGAAGAUAAAUACGAAGAAGAAAUCAAGCUUCUGUCUGACAAGCUUAAAGAAGCUGAAACACGUGCUGAAUUUGCGGAGAGAACAGUUGCAAAACUGGAAAAGUCUAUUGAUGACCUGGAAGAAAAACUUGCUCAGGCAAAAGAAGAGAAUUUGGGGUUGCAUCAGACACUGGAUCAGACGUUAAAUGAACUAAACUGUAUAUGAAAUUGAGAAGAACGCUCAGCGGCCAACAGAAACUUAAACAUGUAUCUGUAUUUACCGUUUCAUUCCUCUCUUUCUCUGUAUCUUAGAAAAAAAAAAAGAAAAUUAAGUUAUGAGCAGUGCCCAAAGCGUUCAGGUCAGCGCCCUGGGCGUACCGCGGCCGCAGCCGCGCCGCUGCAGGGCCGG